CAAUAGCAGCAGUAAUCGGUGGCACGCUGGGGGCAAACUGGCAAAGCAACGUUUAUUCCCGUGUAAUUAUCUCAAAGUAUUGAUUUUGUGAAUGAUUGCACGCCGGUGCCCGCACAAUAGAUUGCAAUGGCACCGGGCUGGCAAGAGAUCGCUUCACAGCAUGUGGAACAGAUAACGGGAUAUGUCAGAGAAACCCUGUCGACCGGCCUCGUCUAUCUGAAGUCUGAGCUGGGAAUAGACUUGGGCUUGAAUCCUGAUCUGUGCGCUCCAUGGCUGCUCCUUUUAACAGCUUGGGUCGGACUGGUUUUCUUGGUCAUUUUAUGGGUCUCGGUCUGUCGUGGUUUCUCUAAAAGCCUUACAGGGACAGAGACAGGAGACACCGCCGAAAACACCGAUCCAGGGCAGCCGGUGAAGAAGGCAGAUGAGCCCAAGAGAAGGAACAGAAAGAAGAAUGCUGAAAAGAAGGCCCAGAGAAAUGGACUUGCUGUUGAACCGCAGGAAGAUGCCAAAGUGCUGGACGAUCAAGAACUACCAGAAGUGAAGACUGACAAGGCAAAGAAGAAUAAGAAAAAGCCAAAGCCUACUGCAAAAGAGAAAAAAUCUUCUAUAUCCGUUGAUGGCAAAGAACCUGAUGAAGGUACCUGGGAGACCAAGGUCAGUAACCGUGAGAAACGACAACUGAAGCGGAAGGACAAGACUCCAGGUGAUGGGUCAGGCAGCCCAGAAGCAACAGCAGCUUUGACUGCCAUUAGUACAAUGGAGCCGGUCCAAACCACCCCAGAAGAACAAGAAACCAACAUCACCACCACGGUUUCUACACCUCCAGUCCAAAGAGAAGUGGAGGUUGACCCACCUGAAAUUGAAGCAAGUUUUGUACGAGACACUGUCGUUCCUCAAGUGACACCAUGCUGGGAGGAAGGGCUGGCUGUUAAUGGUUCUGGCGUGAGUGAUGUGGGCCUGCAGCGUCCUCCUCAGAUGGCCAGUGUUCAGGCAGAGAGCUGGACCAGCAUGACUGUCCCCACUGAGCGUCAGACUAGUGAACCCUCUGUCUGGUCCCAAGAUAUGGAAGGCUCAUGGACCAUUGUUUCAUUCAGUGGAUUGACUGCUGUCCCUGACCUGAGUUGGAGUGCUCAGCCUCCUGUACCAGUGGAUGACGAGUGGUCUGGAAUAAAAAGCACAUCUGCAGAUCCAUCGUGUGAUUGGAACGCUCCGUCAGAGGAGUGGGGGAACUAUGUUGAGCAACAGCCCGUGAGCACAAAACAGCUGGAGCCGCCAGUCCCAGAAGUGGCACAGGAGUCUGAUGACGAGAAAGAUAAAGACGAAGCAGGCGCCCCUGGUAGCGUUAAAGCUAAGAAGAAGAAAAAGAAGAAGAAGAAAGUGGAAGAUGCUGGACCUUCUGCUCCGUCGCAGAUGAAGGCCGAGAGAGAACCGAGCGUUGCUACACCGGCACAGAGCAUGACGGGAUACGUCUCAGCUGCCACAGCAGGGCCACCGUCAGCUCCAGUACAGACGCAACAGAGAACAAGUGGACCCGAGCCGACUGACAAAUCCACUCCUGUACCAACACAAAAAAAAACAGAUGACAGCCGGGAGUCCCCGAAACCACCAGUCAAAAAGAAGAAGGCUAGAAGAGAGACAUGAAGAGUACGGAAGAGAUGACAACAUAUGCAAUCUUGGGGUUGUACAGAAUUUCAUACUUCCUGAGUGACUCGUUUUUUGAUACCCUUAAUCCACCGUGUUGUGAAUCCCAUCCUAGUGUCCACAUCCCAUUAGGUAUAUCUAGACAAUGUACUGUAACGUUACCCGUCACAUGAAGAUUAGUUUCUUGUCUUUUUUUAUGUUAAAUGCUAAUUAUACAGUCAAUUUGAAAUGAUUUGUAUUUGCAGCAAAAUGUUUUUGUAAGAAGAUCCUGGUGAUCCUCAUGAAGCACUAGGGACGAAUCAAGAACACUUAAGAUUACGCACAGAAACCUAUAGAUCAUUGAGCUGUUACAUGAGAGCGUCGUCUCAUCUUUCAUUCAUGAAACACUAAGGCGGAUUAGAGUGCACUAAUUUAGCCACGCUGGUUUGUUUUUCUGUCGUUAGGAGGAAAAGCAAGAAAUCAAGCCAUAGGUGAAAACCGUACCGAACUCUGAGAGACUUGCUGCUGGUGAGCAAGAGUAGAUGAUGCUAUUAUCAGACAAACAACUUCUUACUGUACGCUUUGGUGAAGUGGUAGUGACGUCGGCCGGGUUUUUUGUGAUCAAUGUUACACCAGGUACAGCAGUGUCAGGAAAAUUUUAAUGCCUUAACUUGUGUUGUGCAAGAUGGCAGCAACGAUCUGUCAGCUGCAUGCGGUUUCCUCUUUCGUAUUUAUUGGUUAAUAGAAGUCAUGUUUAACGAGUAAUACAGAUUAAAGAGUUUCUUUGCA